GGGCAUCAUGGAAACUGACUUGUGGCAUCAAAUUCAGACGGAUGAAGUGUUUAACGAGUUUAUGAAGGAUGACUUUGAUGUGAGAAGCCAUGCAACCAGAGUCAUUCAGAGUCUCGCCAUCGCUGAGCAGCUGGGAAAGCUUGCCAGCGGUAUUAGUCUUCUUGAUAAAGAACUACACUCUCAGGUAGCUGCGCACCAUAAAGAUCUUCUUUCACAAGCCACUGGUAUAGAGAGUCUAGAAGGUGUUCUCGAAAUGAUGAAUACUAGAAUCCAGUCACUUCAGUCGUCCGUUGAGCGAAUCAGGGGAAAGGUUGUAGACCCUUACAAGAAGAUAGCCAGCAGAACUGUUCAGCUACGAAGACUUCAGGCGACCUGUGACCUCCUGCGAGUCAUCAUCCGUGUGCUCUACCUGAGCAGGAAGCUGAAGAGUCAGCUGGAGGGAGGAACGCGCGAGAUCACCAAGGCCGCACUGAGCCUCAGCGAGCUCGAUUACCUGACGAAGGACGUCGACCUGUCUGGAGUGGACGUGAUCGAGAAGGACCAGAAGUUCAUUAAGCAGGCUAGACGCGAUGUUGACAGCCAGGCCCAGAGGCUGCUCAAGCAGGGCAUGGAGUCACAGAAUCAAACACAGGUGGCGACAGCUUUGCAGGUCUUCUACAAUCUUGGCUGCUUGAAGGAUACCGUUGACAAAGUUGUCGGGUGCUGCAGGGAGGGUCUUCACGAAAACGUGAAGACAGCUCUGGACAUACGUGUGAUACAGCAGUCUCAACCACCACCAGACAGGGGAAAAGGAGGUCCAGGACGCGCAGCCAUGCCGACGCCAGGAAAUACCGCCGCCUACAGAGCCACCUUGUGGACGAACAUGGCGAAGUUAAUGGAUAAUAUUUACUCGACCUGCAGCCAGGUGGAGCACCUGCAGAAAGUACUGGAGAAGAAACGCGACCCCGUGACUCACGUCUGCUUCGUCGACGAACUACUUAAAGACGGCAGCAUCACAAUUGUGCAGUCAUUCUGGGAAGCAGUCACGCAAAUUCUUACCGAAGAAUUUUCAAAAGCAGCUAAUGACUCGUCAUUCAUCAAGCAGGCAUUUGAUGGGGAAUACCCGAAGCUGCUACGUCUUUAUAACGACUUAUGGAAGAGGCUGCAACAGUUCACGGCCAAGCUGACUAUCUCAGCAUCACUCGACGGGCUGGAAGCGACCGGCAACAGCGCCCUCUCUAGUGAUUACAGCCCCGAGAAGGCGAUGCGGCAUUCGCUACUCGCGUUCGAGAACGCCUACUUGUCUCGCUCGCUGUCUCGUCUCUUCGACCCGAUCAACCUCGCCUUCUCCUCAGGACCGUACAGCUCGCCCACUAACGACGAGGUGGAUGGGAUAGUAAAGACCGUCGCGAGUGAGCUGAAUGUAGCUAACGUGGACACCUCUCUCAGCAUCAUGAUCGGAAAAAAUGUCGCAAAGACCAUCAAGCUUUUCACAGUGAAAUGUGAGCAGCUGCUGUUGAUGGAUAGUGAAGCUACGCAGGUCAUCGGACCGGCUACUGAGAGCCAGAGACAGAAUGCCGGUGUCGUGAAUACCUUGUAUAGAUUUCACAAAGCCAUAAACAAGGUGCUCUCUGGUCUAUCCGGGUUUCCACCGCCAGCUAUAAGCUACAUGCAGGAAUCGCUAGAGGAUGUUGUAGAGUUGAUGCAAGCAGCACUUCAGCCUCUUCUGAUGGCAGUGUCGGACACAACCGGUGCCAUUGUCCUCACCCUGCACCAGGAAGACUUCUCCCAAGUACAGCCCAUCGCUUGCCAGUGCAUCGAGCAGUUUGUCAAGCAGGCCAGCCUGGUGCGCCCUCUAGGGGAGGGAGGUAAAAUGAGGCUGGCGGCUGACUUUGCGCAGAUGGAGGCAGCCAUAUCACCUCUCUGCUACAGGAUCAGUGAUCUUGGAAAGUCUUACAGGCUACUCAGAUCGUUCAGGCCAUUUCUGUUUCAAACUCCCGAGCAUAUAGCUGCUAGUUCAUCACUGGGGGAGGCUGUGAGUUACAGUCUUGCUCUCAACUUUCUCUUCGCCAGAGCUCCAAAGGAGUUGAAAGCUCCACAUGUGAGGGCAGGCUGGUCGAUCACAGAUUACUCCAGGUGGUUGGACAAGCAUCCACACGAUAAAGACAGACUCACUCUCAUCAAAGGGGCGAUGGAAUCGUACGUUCAAAGUGUGAAGAGUAGGCAAGGCAAGGAAUUUGCGUCAGUCUAUCCAGUGAUGGUGGAGCUGCUGAACAAAGGACUUCAGCAGACGUGAUGAUGUCCAUGGUGUGCCGAUCGCUGUCUGCUACCGUGUACAGACUCGGCGGUCUUUGCGUACACCCGCUCGAAAUUUACAAUCGUGUAUUUCAUGUCAAUAGAUUAUGGUAAUGGGGUUUAUAUUGAAGGUAUGAUGAAUGAUCCUUUCCAGUAAUACUGUGAUAGCAGUCGUCAGUCUUCUUAAGGUGGCAGACCUAUAUGCAGGGCGUAUAAUUAGGAUAUGUACACCACUAGGUCAAAAUCAUUUCACACGAACAACUUGUGUCUCAAACUACGGAGGAGAGCUUGGAUGUCUAUUCAUCUGUGGAGCUGGUUAUAGAUAAAAUAAUAUCAUAUAAAUUCAUGUUAAAUUUACCAUUUUAUGGAUGUCAGAGCCACGUUUCAAGCAGAAUUUAUAUCAGCACUGAUCAUCGUAAUUCCUUCUCUGAUUGCAAGUACGAUAUUGCUAAUAAAUUGAUGUUGUACCAAGACA